UUGACAAUUGAUAUUUGACAUAAAUUCGCGAGCCGUGUGCGAUCUAUACCGUGAACAUGUCUUCGACAAAAUUAAGUUUAUUAAUAUGUACGGUGCUUAGUGUAAUUUUUAGUAUAAACACUCAAACAGUACACAAGCGAUUUGAGUAUAAAUAUUCGUUUAAACCACCAUAUUUAGCUCAAAAAGAUGGAACGGUUCCGUUUUGGGAGUACGGUGGCAAUGCGAUAGCGUCAGGCGAAAGUGUCAGAUUAGCGCCGUCACUGCGCAGUCAAAAGGGUGCGAUAUGGACCAAGCAGCCGAUCAACUUCGACUGGUGGGAGGUGGAUGUCAUGUUCAAGGUCACCGGCAGAGGAAGAAUAGGAGCUGACGGUUUGGCGUUCUGGUACACGACGCAGCGUGGUGACUACAACGGUGAUGUGUUUGGGUCAUCAGAUCGCUGGAAUGGACUGGCCAUCAUGUUUGAUUCCUUCGACAAUGAUAAUAAACACAACAAUCCAUAUAUCAUGGCGGUUGUUAACGAUGGCACAAAGAACUUUGAUCACAAGAGUGAUGGAUCAACACAAUUGCUAUCAGGCUGCCUGCGAGACUUCCGUAACAAGCCGUUCCCGACUCGCGCCCGUAUUGAAUACUACCUCAACACACUUACUGUAUACUUCCACAAUGGUAUGACGAACAACGAGGCGGACUACGAGCUGUGUUUCCGUGCGGAGAACGUAGCAUUACCUCGCGGCGGUUACUUCGGUCUGUCCGCAGCCACGGGCGGGCUGGCUGAUGACCAUGAUGUUAUACAUCUGCUCACCUCCUCAUUACACAGCACGCAGCAACAAGGCGGUCAACAGAUCAGCAACGACGAGCAACAGAAGCUGUCGCAGGAGUACCAGGAGUACCAGAAGAAGUUGGAGCAGCAGAAGACUGACUACAGGAAGGAGCAUCCUGAUGAGGUGCGCGACAAAGAUGGCGAAUUCGACGACUGGUUCGAGUCUGACGGUCAGCGCGAGCUGCGACAGAUCUUCCAGGGUCAAGGGCAAAUACACGACAUACUCAGGGACCUCAACAAGAAAGUUGACGAGGUGAUCGGGAAGCAGAUGAACUCGCUAUCAAUGUUGACAGCAGUGUACAGUCAGUCACAAGGACAACCCAUACAGCCCGGACAAGCUCCCAUGCAGAUGCCAGCUCUACCGAUCGGGCGACAGGACUGGGACGCACUGGUCGCUAAUAACCAGUUGAUGAUAAACACUAUUGCUGAACUCAAAGGUUUCAUAAUUGACGUGUCUCGUAAAUCUGACUCGUUGCUGGCGAUGGGCGGAGCAGGGGGCGGGGCUGGCGGCGCGGCGGGCGGGGCAGCCAUCAACCCGCAGUUCCUCAACGAGAUGAGGGACAAUGUCAAUCAGGUUAAACAGGCUGUUAAUGGAGUCGCACAAAGGCUAAGCCAAGCCCCCCAGAUCGCAGCACAGUCUUCCUGUCCUGAUGUGUCGUGUGUGGGCACAACCACACUGCUGCUGGUCGUCGCCGCACAACUCACCCUCAUGUUCCUCUACACCUUAUACAAAGAAAGAAAAGAAGCACAAGCAAAGAAAUUCUUCUAAGUCGUGCGUAGAAUGUAACAUUGUUGAAUUCACAGUACUUGUAAAUAACAAGAGCAAAAUUGCCAAAUACCCUCAAAAUUCUUUCACUAGUUGUAAUAAAUGUCACAAAUUAAUACACAAAAACUAUUUAAUGUGUAAUUAACUAACAAUUUGUACUUAAAUUGUGUAAAAAAUAUAUAUGUGAAGCACAAAGUUAACAAAAAUUAAUGUCAAUAUUAAUCGUAUUAUAUUUUAAUAGAAUUAAGGUUAAAAGAAAUGAUUCGUUGCCAGGUCUACAAAAUACUCCAAAAAAAUAUUUAGAAAACUACAGGGUAAAUAAAAGACAUAUUAUAUGUACCAAUAAUUUAUUAUGUAUUUUGAAAUAUAUAUCUAUCUAGUUAGUGUUUUCAUAUCGUUAUUUUUCUAUAUAUCUAUUGCUUAUAGUCUGAUAAGAAAUAUUCUGUCUCAAAAUAAAGAGGUAAGUGAUUUCUAAUCUUUAACCAAUUAAAUAUACUCAUACAUAUUUUUAUUUUUUUACUUUUUAGUUAUUUACGAACAGUUUCUAAAUCAUAAAAAGUCUUUAUCUAAAUGGUUUUUUUUAAUAUGAGACCUGGCUGCGUUUCAAAAGAUACGGUAGUUGUACGAUAUGUACAAAAUUUUUAGUCAUAAUUUUGUGUCAAAAAAACAGAUAACGUUUGUCGUCUAACCGAGAGUCGAUGUUCAAAUUGCCCAACAAAAGUAUCUAUAUGUAUUAUCUAUGUAUUUAAAUAUAUCUAAAUUAAUUAAAAAUUAGUUUAUAAAACAAGUCAUGUCAGCUGUGUGAAGUUAGCAGCAAAUCGUUGCGCUAAUUUCGAAACUUGCUAUCUCUCUCGCACGUACCAGUCUCGAUCCUCCAUCUCGCUCUUAUAAAACUGCACUUACUACCGCAGCUAACUUCAGACACAAAAACAUGGAAUGUGUAACUAAUCGUGAAAUUGCACUGCCGAAACACUUUCAUAAAGAGAAUGAAGAAAACAACAUGUUUUUAUACAUGUGUUUCGACAGUGGAAAUCCACAGUUAAUAUAUGAGUAAUGUGAAUUUAACAAUAGAUUAUUAUUUUUUUACCAAUAAUGUGAGUGUGUAUGGAUAAGUGAAAUUAUAUGAUUCCUGUACAUAAAUUAUAUUUAUAGUUUUUCUCUGUUUAGUAAAUUUUACUAUAUGUGAGCGGAUCGUUUCAUUGUCAACUAGGAACACCUGUUUACCUUUCAAAUUUAAUAUCGAUGUUCGUGCAUUUCUUUUGUGUAGAAAGUGAUUGACGUUAAAUUUUAUAAUUAUAUGUUUUUUUUCUACAACAAUACUUUUAU